AUGAAUGGAAACGAGAUUGAUGCUUUGACACUCUCAAGAUGCUCGCCCACGAUUCCCUCCACCAUGUCGACAUUUCCUACAAAUGAUCUUUACAUCAGUGAUCCAUCCAUCGCUUUCCUUGUCAUAUCGUCUCUGCUCUACUUCGUCAUCGGUUUCGUGGCCUUGAUUGGUAACAUUUUCGUGAUCGUCAAGGUGUAUCAAGAGCGUCGUCUGCACAAGCCGACCUACUACCUGAUUGCUAGUUUGGCCGUGGCGGAUCUGUUGACGGGGACGGUGGCUCUUCCGUCGGGUGCUUACGGAAGAGUCGUCCAGAAUGUUCGCACAUGCUCAGGAGAAACGCACCUGUGGUUCUUCAUGAUGGCUUUCUACCUUCAUUGCGUCUCUGUCAUGCAUUUGAUUGCUAUCGCCAUUGACCGGUAUAUCUGCAUUACCAGGCCCCUAAAGUACAUCAGUGUAGUGACACCGAAGAGGAUCGCAGGGACAAUAGCAUUUAACUGGGUCAUGUCUUGCUCUUUUGGUCUGGUUCCACUGUACAGCCGAAAUGACCAGACGAUCUCGCAUUGCUCUGCGAUUGCAUACAACAUCAUCAUGUUCUACACUUCAGCCAUCCUCCCGCCUCUCUGUCUCCUCGUCCUCAGUCUCAUUUACUGGAUCAUUUUCCGCGUUGCUAGGCGACAGGUGAUGCGGAUCGCUGUCAUCGAGCGAGCGGCGCAUGGCGGGCGGAAACCCAUCCAAAUCCACACCCCUCAGAUGAAAGCGACCAAGACCACGCUCCUCGUACUGUGUGUCUUCGCUGUGUGCUGGCUCCCGAUUUCCAUCAAGUUUCUUCUUGAGAUUCACUUGAAGACCACUCCAUCAACGAUGCUCUAUCUGCGAACCGCGUUUGAGAUCAUCGCAUAUAGCAACGCAGCUUUGAAUCCCUUCGUUUUUGUCUUCAGGGAUCGCAAUUUUCGUGGCGUCUUGAAGCAUCAUCGACCCAAACACAUCUUGGUUUCACUGUAA